CUCCGGGAGGCCCAGGCGAGCUGCGGCGGCGCCGGGGGAUGCUCGUGCUGGGCCGCGCGUCUCCCUGCUCAACUUAGGGCGGCGGCGGCCCGCGCCCCUCGGCUCCCGGGGCCAUGGCUCUGAGGGAGCUCAAAGUGUGCCUGCUGGGGGAUACGGGAGUUGGUAAAUCGAGCAUUGUGUGGCGGUUUGUGGAAGACAGCUUUGAUCCAAACAUCAACCCAACCAUAGGGGCAUCCUUUAUGACCAAGACUGUCCAGUACCAAAAUGAGCUACAUAAAUUCCUAAUCUGGGAUACAGCUGGACAAGAACGAUUUCGUGCCUUGGCACCAAUGUACUAUCGGGGGUCAGCUGCAGCCAUCAUCGUCUACGACAUCACAAAAGAAGAGACGUUUUCAACACUGAAGAACUGGGUGAAAGAGCUUCGCCAGCAUGGCCCACCCAAUAUUGUAGUCGCCAUUGCCGGAAAUAAGUGCGAUCUUAUCGAUGUCAGAGAAGUCAUGGAGAGAGAUGCCAAGGACUACGCGGAUUCCAUUCAUGCGAUUUUUGUAGAGACGAGUGCAAAAAAUGCCAUAAACAUAAAUGAACUCUUUAUAGAAAUCAGUCGAAGAAUUCCAUCCACCGAUGCCAGCCCGCCAUCUGGCGGCAAGGGCUUCAAACUCCGAAGACAGCCGUCAGAGCCAAGGCGAAGCUGCUGCUGAGGAGUCGGUGCCUCUCAGACCUGACCAUGAAGCAGGUGGUCCUGGACGUUCGCAGGAGAGCUGGGGUCCCCACCACCGGGAGCUGCCCAGCACUCUCGAGUCUUCUUGGUGCAUAAAGGACUCACAGAAACUGGCCUGUUCAUUUUGUCUUUGAGGACGGCAGCAGUGGUCUUUCAGUCUGUGGACAUCUGUGGUCCAGAACCAGUGGUGUGCAAAGGGACCACAGCACUGGCUGCUGACCUUGCAGAAGACAUGUCUGCUCAGACGGAUGGUAGGGUUAGCUUGCUGAUCAGGAUUCUGUAAAGGGAAAAUGAGCACUUUCAUGGUUCUUGAGGGAAAAAAGACUAUGUGAAGAUUAUUGUGUCCUUGGUUCCCUUUUACCACUGUUAGAGUUGUGUCAUUUAAGAUGUGGCUGGAUAGAUCUAAGUGAAGGAAUGGCAAAAUCUUGCUUAGCUUAGGUGGAUAAUUUAUAGGAUGGGUGGAAAUUCUCCAUCUCUCAUGCACUUUCAUGGAGGACCGCAGUCUGGGAUGCAUACAGGAAAGGCUGGCAUUGCGGCGGCUGCCUCGUUCGCACCCUGGGGCUUGCUUCUGACCCUCUGUGUGUCACCAAGCACACCUUUGUAAAUAAGCUCUCAUGAUCCAGGUGAUAUGGUAGAGAAGCUGCCUGGAGUCAUUGAACUUCAUUUGUUCUGAGUUGACUAGCAGUGUUCAUUCGGAAAAGUAGACAGGAAAAGGAAAACAGUACAAACUGUCCAUUUUAUUUAACCCAAGUGUUGUGGUGGGAAAACAAGGACCUGGUGUCUGGUGUAUGUAAAUUAGUAGUCUGUACUCAUGAGACUGUUGUUUAAAGAGUGUAAGUUGUGUAAAUACAUUAAUGAAUUCUAAAUUCCAUUCCAUUCCAUCUCAUAGCCACCCAUCUUUCAGCCCGUCCUUGAGAGACUGAGGCACUUAGCUUACAGACUUCCCAGUCUUCUCUUCUUCCGUGCCUGUGUCCUCUGCAUUCCAUCUGGAAAUGGUAAUAAAGACACAUGCCUCCUCCACAAGCCUGACAGUCCUUCCUAGCAUGGGGUGAGAUCAAACUCUGAGCACAAGUCAUUUACCUGGCCUUGGUAAUAAGUUUCUGCUAGCAUUUUUUACAGUGACCUCAGACCAGCUGUUGUAAGAGUGCUUUCCUUGUUAACAACAUGGCUUAUCUCUUUGUUUCCUUUACUUUCCCUGCCUCUGUUAGUGGUUAACACUCCUUUCCCUCAGGGAACCUAAUGAGGUUUUUAAUGUCAUCUAAAAAUGAAGCACUGAAGUGAGGUCGGUGAGAAUUUGUUCAUGUUUGAAUUUGGCUCCCUUCCAACCUGGGCAUUGUGAGGGAAGGAGACUUAUAAGAUUAAAUAGGAAAUGAAACAGCUUGAAUUUCAAACCAGGUUGUUUUCAGAGCUGUCCUUAACUGAACAUUCAAAACUUUUAAAAAUGAUUGUUACUUCUUUUCACCACUACUUGAAAUGGAUAGGCUUUAAUGGAAAAAAAAAAAUUCAUAAUUUAGAUUAAGUGAAACAUGAUUCCUUUUUCCCUCAUAAGCAUCUGAAGUGGUUUCAUUCUUAUGAAGUCAGAUUAAAAGAAUGCACAUGGUGAAGGUUCAAACACUGUUUUGGAUAAAAUGCACAUAGACUUUCUGUCACCUCCUCCCCAGCAUUGAUUUUGCACACUUGUAGAAAAAAUCUGUGAUUUCAAGGCUGGGCUUCUUCUAUUUGUGGUGGCUUGAUAUUACCUGACAAGUAUGUAGACAAAUGCAGGCUGGCCAGGCCGGCACUCCCCAGCAGUCCCAUGCUGGGUCUGUAUCUUUCCCACAGCAGAAUGAAAACAGACUUGCUUGGCACAUUAUGGAGGAGCCCGUGGUGUGUGCUCAUUUUUGUCUUAUUUUACCAAAAGAUGGCGCAAAUCCAUGAACUUCAGGUCUUUCCACCAAAACUGCCAGUAGAUACUGUGAUGGUGUGAACUUUCAGAGCACGAGGCAAGUCCUGGUCUUGGGAGCCUCGUCAGCCCUUGUGCUCAGGUGUGGUAUCCUGCACCCAGCCCAGUGGCCUCCUCCAAACCUGUGGCAGUAAACUUUGCACGCUCUUACUGAUUGGUUGAGUUUGUAGAGUUUGUCCUUAGGCAUUUCUGGGCCUCUGUUUGCCCUCAUUGUCAACCACGUACUCAAGAAGUUGGCACUAGCCAGGCGUGGUGGCGCACACCUUGAAUCCCAGCACUCAGGAGGCAGAGGUAGGAGGAUCGCUGUGAGUUUGAGGCCACCCUGAGACUACAUAGUAAAUUCCAGGUCAGCCUGGGCUAGAGCGAGACCCUACCUCAAAAACCAAAAGAAUAAAAAAUAAAUAAAUACAGCAGACUAUAUCAUCCAGCAACCACCUUGAGAAAGGAUCUUCUCUUAAUCUGUUGCUUGCAAAAUGCAUAUUAACAUUUAGUCCAAAGCAGUGCUUUAUUUUGAACACCUUUUAGAUCAACUUACACAGUGAUGAUAAUGCACAGUUCAUGUUGUCUUGAUUGUUUCUCAUGAGAGAAAGCUAAACUCAAAAGCCUUGAGACAUUAGCCCUCCAUAAGAACCUUCUGGUUCCCUUAGUACUUGGGGCCAUUUUUUAAAAACUUUGGAGACUGAACAGAAGAGAAAAGUCUUUAAUUAGUGUGUAUUGAUUCCUUCCCGAGACAUUGAAAUAAGCUCUUUGCAGGUGUCUAAUCCUGGAAACUGCUGGUCUCCAGAUCUCGCCUCUUACAUAAGUGUUUUUCUGAUUCUGUGAUAACCAAUUAACUAUCAUUUGGUGAUUAAAAGAACAUAAAGUGCAA